AUGCCUCCAAGCCGCGAAAGCUAUGAGUCUGUGCCAGAUUUGCUGCCUCAGGACAAAGUCUAUAAGAUACAAGUUGGUCAGAAACUAUUCAAGAUCACAGGCAGGACCUUAAGCUGGGAUGGGCCCAACUUCUUCACAGACUACUUCCAGAAGAACAAUACUGACAGCGAAGUGCUGUUCCUGGACAGGUCCACCGAGUGCUUCGAAAUCAUAUACCGCCACAUGCAAGGGUACUUCACCUCAAUCAAAGACGAAGUGGAGUACACAACCUUGUUCACAGAUGCCCUCUUUUACUCGCUGCCGAAACUGGUUAAGUUUUUGAGGAACCCAGAAUUCUACUAUAUUAAUGUAGGUGGGAAGUCCUUCCAAGUGCCAAAAAGUCUGUUCAAGAACGAAGGUGAUAACAACAACUACUUCAACGUCGUCAUUUCAGGGUUUUACAAAGAGAUCGAAGCUCGUAUCCUGGAGAAGAAAUUACACUUAUCACCUUACCCGCCAACGUAUGUGCCUAGAUCAGCAGAAUAUUUUGCCCAAAUACUGACGUUACUGAGCGGUGCUCAUCUAGAAAUGGACGAUAUUAGAAGAGCAUCGCUCAUCCAGGAAUGUAGGUACUAUAGACUAAACAAUUUGGAACAAAAACUGAUUAAAUGCAAGGUGAUGAAUAACCCUAUGUCAAAUGUUGAAGAGAUAAGUAUACACUUGGGCGAUAUAAGUAAAUCGGGACUCGAUUUAAGGAGACCAAUGGUCGCUAACCCACAGACUAUGAUCGCAGCCUGCGUACGGCAAGAAGAGCAUAUAAAAAAAGAUAAUCAAAUUGAGAAAGCUGUACAGCACUCUAACGACACGAACCUAUCUUCUUCUGAACAUAGUAAUAGUUCUUCUUGCGAUGACCAAGAAAAGGAACCGGAGAGGAAAAAACUAAAAUUAAGCGAUUGCAAUAACACCGCAAAAUCGUUUGCUCAGAAAGAGAAAAUCUGGGAUAUUGUAACUUAUAAGAGACCAUAUGUUGAUGCCAAUCCAAGAGAUUUGAUAUUCCAACUCGACAAUAGCGAAUGCAGUUUAAUAUUUAAUAAGUCUAAGAAGGCAGUCCAUGUAGAAUUAUGUGGUUCCACAGCGUUCCUAUUCCAGAAGUUGUUUGCUGAUCUAUUCUACAAUGGUGAAGACAAUCAAGUAGAUCUCUCAAAUUAUAAGGUGACUGCUCCGGGACUUCCAAGCUGUGCCUCAAAAAAAAACGAGUGUGUUAGGUCUCAGCUAUUAGUACUGCCUGCUUGUGUAUCUUUAUGCGACAUGCAAGUCAAUGGGAUUAAGUGCAACAAUAUUUUCUCACUGGUAGGCGACACUAAAUGUAAUGAAAGAGUGCCCGACUUCACUAAUAUGUCAGAAUUACAGUACUGCCCAGGCCUGAAACUACAUAUUGCAAAAUCCAUGUGGAAGAUAGGCCUAAAGAAGGAUAAAAUCAUGCUCAUCGCGAUCAAGGCUGUUACCUAUUGUAGUACUAAAGAAUAUUGUAAAACCAUCGAUUUUCUAUAA